CUCUCUCCUCUCUCUCUCUCUCUCUCUCUCUAGAACAGAACCCAAUAAUGGCGUUGUCGAUCGCAAGUUCGUUAUCUCGGCCCUCUCUCUUCUGAUUCAUCCCCAAAACCACCAAAUUCACCUCACCUUCAAUCCUUACCUUUCUCACCACCAUCAACCCAAAGUACCCGACUCGCUCUCGUUUUGUAUCGUCAUCAUCAGCAAUGGCUUCAGAAUCCAAAGAAUCUCCCUCCAACAAUCCAGGCCUUCACACUACUCCCGAUGAAGCCACUAAAAGUUACUUCAUGCAACAAACUAUGUUUCGGAUUAAGGACCCAAAAGUCAGUCUUGAUUUCUAUUCUCGCGUAUUGGGCAUGUCGUUACUUAAGAGGUUGGAUUUUUCAGAAAUGAAAGUUAGCUUGUAUUUUAUGGGAUAUGAGGACCUAACAUCAGCUCCCAGAAAUGCAGUUGAUCGUACGGUUUGGACAGCCAGUCAGAAGGCUACAAUUGAGCUCACACAUAAUUGGGGUACUGAGAGUGAUCCUGAUUUCAAAGGCUACCAUAAUGGGAACUCAGAACCUUGUGGCUUUGGACACAUAGGCAUUACUGUCGAUGACACAUACAAGGCUUGCGGGAGAUUUGAACAUCUAGGGGUGGAGUUUGUGAAGAAGCCUGAUGAUGGGAAAAUAAAGGGGAUAGCAUUCAUUAAGGAUCCUGAUGGCUAUUGGAUUGAGAUUUUCGAUCUUAAAACAAUUGGAAGUAUGACUUCUGGCGCUGCCUGAUAUAGUGCUGAAUGUAUUUCACGCAAGCAUGGCAGGUUUUUUUUUUCUUUGAUUAGCAAUUGGUAAAUAUUUGAGAAGAAUAUUGGCAAAUCAAUCAACACAACACUAGUGAUAAGAAAUGGUUGAUGGCAUGUAAUGGCCCAUAACUGUACUACUGGGCGAACUUGAUUUAAUUUAAUAGCAAGAGCUGAUCUUUUGAAUUUCUA